AUGCCGCCUACUCAGACUGAAGAGUUAUCAUUGCCAAUACAGUCCGAAGGAACAACGAACCUGAAUGGAUGUACGGCCGAUAACAAUGCUGCAAAAUCCGAGGAUUUCUUGCUGCCACUCUCACCGCUCGAUGCCUUGAUGCAAAAACUUGGAGUCAUCCUUCUGUAUAUUUUUCCACGUCCACCAAGUGCGAAAUACUACGACCUAUCUAAGCUUCAACGAGCCUUCAUCACUCUGGUGGAUAAGGACUACCCCAUUCUCAUCGGCCAACUGUACGUGGACUCACAAACGGGUGUUGUCAGUGUAAAGCAAACGAUAGAAUCGAGACUACAGGGUGCCCGAAUUAUCCGCUUUGAGACGAAUUCAAGUAGCUCAGUGACGACGGAAGACGCAAUGAAAACCCUCUCAUUGGACUUGUUGCCAACUCCAAGGAACCCGAUGGAACUUAUUUGCGUGAAGGGAACGGUGUUGUCGGAUGGAGGACUUGUUAUUGGUGUGGACGCCAGCCAUGCGCUGCUCGACGGAGAAGCAAUGUUUACGUUCAUGAAAGCGUGGGGUCGGUACUACAGCGGUACGAGUGAGCAGGAUCGAAUGUUGAUCAAUCAUGACCGACACCUGCUCGGAGGAACAGGGUCUCCGUCAAAGCAGGUUCAUCCUGAAUUCCGACUACUUGAAGUUCACACUGUAGCUGAUGGAAGCAAAUUUGAAACUACAACAACUGCUUCAGUGCCACCACCAACGACUCAGCAUCGAUUCCACUUUACUCUCGAAAUGAUGAAGAGGAUCAAGGAGAUAGCAACUCGUGGAAAUGCAUCACUGGGGCUCUCGGACCCAUCGUACGUUAGCACAAUUGACGCCAUUACUGGCAUUUUCACGGCAUUAAUUUCAAGAGCGCGUGGGUAUGGUCAAGAUGUUAAAGUGAUUACUGCUGUGAAUGCUCGAGGUCGUUUGAAUCCCCCGCUGCCACCCAAUUACUUCGGAAACGUCAUCUUCAGUGCUCUAUCAUCAUACGGUUCCGACGAGUUGCUAAAUGACAUUGGCAACGGAGGUAUGAUCUCUCAAGACAUGCUCGCAAGACUUGCUCAACGUGUACGUAGCUCCAUUCGUCAGAGUGACAACGACUACCUUCGCGAUGCCAUCGAUUAUAUAACCGAGCAGACCAAUCUCUCUGCAAUCCAGCCCGCUAUCAACGCUAUCUUUGGCCCCGACAUCGUGUACACGUCGUGGGUGCAUACGGGCAUGUACGAUGCCAAGUUUGAGGACACCCAUCCAUGUAUGGUAUCCAUUCCCUCUCUUCCAUUUGACGGCUUUGUGAUCAUCACCGAAGCUUCCAAGGGCAUUUCAGGAAUUGACGUGCAAGUUUUUCUCGAGUGUGUUGCUAUGAAGAAAUUGCAAGAGCUCUUUCUUCAAGUUGGGUUCCUUCACGAUUGA